AUGGCAGCAGGUUCUUGGCCCCGAACCAUGAGAAUCGACGAACCCCUUGACGAUGAAGAGCUACAGAGUCUCGGCCUACCACCACAAUACUCUCCAACAUACAUGGCUCUCUCCAACAUGCUGGACCUCGCAUAUUUUUCCCGAGUCUGGAUCAUACAAGAGAUCGCCGUUGCUAAAUCUUAUCGGAUCCUCUGGGGCGAGAUCACCAUCCCGGGGCAUAUUCUUUACCGCUCUACUCCUGGCUGGCUACUGGCGCACACGAAGGACUGGUACCACUUGGUCGUCAGAUUUAUGGAUUAUGAGGCGACAGAUCCUCGCGAUAAGAUAUAUGCCCUUAUCGGACUUGCGGACCAAACGGGGUACGACAUCGUGGCCGAUUACAGCAUGCCUGUUCUCGAGGUCUAUCGCGACUUUGCCGUCAAGAUGAUUUCUGUAACUAAGAAGCUUGAUAUACUUCAAUACAGUACGGUUCAAGACCUCGACGCGGAGAAGGUACCUUUAACACAAAACGCAUCAAAAGACACCAAAGCCAUUGUGGCUACUUCUUAUGGCCAUGAUACACUGUCCUUGCAAGGGGUAAGCGUGGAUAAUGUUGCUGUAAUAGUAAUGCCCGAAACACCAAGCCAAGAAUUAUGGGAGAGCGCCAAGGAGAGAUUCCGGCAGGUAGAUCCAAGUCUCCCAGAUAGAAUGCUGCUGGAUUUACAGGGUUGGGGACCUACGACUUGGAUUCUCAACGUGUUCAAGAUGUUAGAUGAACACAAGCCGGUAAUUUCUCGCCAAAACGACGGGGACUUGAUAACAUGGCUCCUCAAUUCUGUGACGGCUUGCUCGGUUCCGGCAUCAAUGUUGACCGACUUCUGGGAAUAUUUGGCAUUAGCUAUCGCCCGCUUCAUGUUGAUGCCCAACAAGAACAACGAGAUAAAACUCCUUAUCAAACUUCUUCGUCUUUUAGCACAAGCAAGCCCCCCACCGCUGGAAUGGGAGUCGAUACUCGAAGAACAACACAGACAGGCGCUAAGAGCUGUGCUCGUAGAAAUCUACGACAACGAAGAUGAGAUCGACUCCGCUUUGGAGCUAAUAAAACUUCUACGCAUUAGACCACACAGAAAUGAUAACAGCUUCAAUAAUUCAGUGAAAGAGGAUCGCAUGUUCUUGAUCACGGAGGAUGGAUAUCUUGGUAUUGGGCCGAAGUCAAUGCGGCCAGGGGAUCACGUUUGCGUUUUGUAUGGUGGCCACACUCCUUUUGUUCUGCGUCCAGUGAGAGGUGCUGGUGAUGAAGAGUAUUUGUUCUUGGGGGAGUCUUUCGUCAAUGGCCUGAUGAAUGGUGAGAUUUUGGAGGAUGAAGGGGCAGUUGAUAAAUGGUUCCAUUUAAGGUAA